AUGCCUGUUCGUUUCAGUGGCUUGCACCUUAGCUUCCCGUGGAACUCCUUAUCUGGUCAAAACACUUAUCCCCUCUCACGUCAUCCAAGCAAUAAUGCACAUUUAACAAAUACCCUUUUCUUUACUCGUAUCAGUCCAGUACAAGGAGAAGAACUUGUUAGACCAAAAAAGCUCCUUGCUUUUGAGCCUGAACCUGUUCACAAGAAAGUCCCUGUGCUGGUUCACAAUGGCAAAGCCAUUUCUGAAUCUUUAAUAAUAGUGGAGUACAUUGAUGAGAUUUAUGUCACGGCAAGGAAGAUAUGGAGCGGGAAAGGGGAAGAACAAGAUGAAGCAAAAAAGCAGCUUUUGGAGAUAUUUAGCUACUGGAGGGGGAGCUUGGGGAUAAGUCCUACUUUGGAGGGGAAAGAUUUUGGGUUAGUGGAUAUUACACUGGUUCCAUUCUACAGCAGGUUCUACACAUUAGAGAGAUUUGGGAAUUUCAGCCUUGAAGCAGAGUGCCCCGCCCUGGUGGCUUGGGGUAGGAGGUGCAUGGAAAAGGAAAGUGUUUCAAAAUCUCUUCCAGACCCAGAUAAGGUCUAUCAGUUCAUUUUGGAGCUUAAUGAAAAGUUCGGAAAAAAUAGUAAUUUGCAAAUGCUCCCCUGUUCCCUAAUUCCAAUUGUUGUCUGUGUCAUGCAUAUGAGCUUCAUCUUUCUUUUUGGAGGAUCAGUACAGCAAAUGGCACCAGUAAGUCCUCUUUUAGCUCUAAGCUCUUGUGCAAUGGGUGAUGAAGUGGAAGAGGACUUGUUCAACAAAAAUCCCCUGCUUUUGAAGCACAACCCAGUUUGCCAAAAGGUUCCUGUUCUCAUUCACAAUGGGACAGCCAUAACUGAGUCCCUAAUUAUUGUUCAGUACAUUGAUGAAGUGUGGGAGGGCAAUCAGCCCCCCUUGUUGCCCUCUGAUCCUUGCUUAAGGUCACAAGCAAGGUUUUGGGCUGAUCUUAUUGACAAGAAGAUUUACGACAUAAUGAAGAAGAUAACAAGGACCAAGGGGGAGGAUCAGGAGAGAGCCAAGAAAGAGCUCAUAGAGGUCUUCAAGUUGCUGGAGGGAGAGCUGGGAGAAAAACCCUAUUUUGGGGGCGAGGAGUUCGGUUUCAUAGAUAUUGCACUUGUGCCCUUUUGUAGCAGAUUUUAUGCAGUGGAGACCUUUGGGAAGUUCAGCAUAGAGGCAGAGUGCCCAAAGCUGGUGGCAUGGGCUGAGAGAUGCAAGAAGAAGAAAAGCGUGUCUAGCUGCCUUCCUGACCCAGCAAAGGCUUAUGAGUGGGUUGUGUAUGUCAACAAGAAGUUGGGCAUAGAGUAG